CAUUACAAAUGUUUAACGAUUAACUAAAGCGAUAAAUUAUAUGCUUAGAAGAUAAUGCAUUUUUUUUAAAUUCAUAACUUGAAGAUCACAUUCAUUUGACAAAUGCUUAGAAUUUAACUCUGGAGACUAAAAUUUACGGAAAGAAAAAUAGGUUGAUAAAAAAUCCCAAUUGUUAAUAUCAAAACUCAUAAAAUUCAAUUCAUGUGUGUGCUCAGUUUUUGUUCAUUGUCAAUGACUAGAUUACAUUUAAUGUUGUAUGGGUUUCAGAAGUAUGUGUACUUUUGUGCGAAGAUUUCACAAAGAUGACUUUUUUUUUUAUUUUCCCUUUAUGGUUUCCUCUUGUCUCAAGAAAUACAACAAUCUAUCAAAGUAUUUGAAUGAUAAUGGGGCCAAGGAAGCUUUAUAAAAGCCUCACAUCAAUCCUUGAUCGUCAUAAUUAUCACAAAAAUAGAUGUCUUUAUCAUUAACUCAUAUUCUGUAUUCAGAAAUAAAUGGUAAAGGCCAUCGAUAAAUGGCAUGCAUUUACUGAAGCGUUUUCAAAACAUUGUUUUUUUUUAAAGCAAAUGUUUUUAACUGCUGCACCUUAAACAAGCAUUAUUUUAUAUCUUUUCCAGGAGUAUUAAAAUCUAAAUAAUCAAUUGAUAUUCUUUCAUUCAAAUAACAUCUCAGGCAGAAGACAAGCCCUUAGUACUGAAUACAGGAAAAACAAGUAAAUAAAUCAAGAUGUCAAUAAAGUUAUGAUUAAGAAAAAUUACGCAAAAACCCUAUGACAUCACAGACAUGUUCAAACAAUUAACAGACUGGGAGCUUAUUCUAAUGGUAACAUAUUGGUCAAGUAUGGAUUCCUCUUCUGUUCCUUUAUAAAGGAAUUUCCCAACACAAACUGCUUAUCAUCCGGUCGGACAAUAGUGCAUCAGUUUAAACAUACAAGCUAAUUUGUUGGGUAAACAGUAGGCUUUUAGAGUCCAUCAACAGAUCCAAUGUCCCACACUUACUCCCCCUUACUGUAUUGUCGUAUCCCACAAACUUUCAAAUAUCACAAGAGAUGCUUUUACCGAGCAGUUUAUCUUUUAUAUAACAGUCAAUGUACAAAUAUUGAAAACUCUACUAAUAUUGAACUUUAUUUCUUCCUAACACGUGUUUAUUUCAAUAUCACGUUUUUUACAUUCCACAAACUAACACCAUUGUAUUGACGCAAAAAAACAAUUAAAAAUGUAACAGAUCCAUCACUCCAGAUUCCUCCCCGACAGACCCUGCCCCUGUACAUUGUCUCGUGAGAAACGCAUAUAAAAAUCGCAACUCCAACUUCCUGUUUUUUUUUCACUCUUUACCAAUAAAUGACAUGAUAGUGUACCGUACUAUUCACUGAAACAAACAUGAUGAUGAUGGAUGGAAAUCAGAGGAAAAGAGAUGAAAGUUUGAUGGAUAUGAAGUCUGUUUUCUUGUGUGUUCCAUGAAUCAGUAACAACAGCCACAAUACCAUCAAAUCAAUAUGAUUUUACAAUGCACUGCAGUACAAUACACUAGUUAGUACAAUUCAAAAAUUCAUUCUGCACCAACCCAACACAACAAUACCUUCCACCCCAUCCACUAAAAAUAAAAGCCAAAAGAAAAUAGAAAAAAAAAAUUCAAAUUAGUUGGAAUUUAAUUUUUAUCAUAAACUGCCAUGUUUGUAUGCAGGUUCCUCUACUGGAUUGUGUAACCACUGAUACAUGGGUUGCCAUGUCAUGAAAUUUCCUAAAGGAUGCUCUUUAUAUUCAUUCAUUUUAGACAAUAUAUUGAAUUACUUUAGAAGGAGCAAUCCAUAUUUAAUUUAUUGAAAUCUGGAUCAAUGUGGCUUCAAUUGGGCACUUAAUAGAAACCCCCUCCUUUUGUUAUUUUUGUAAAUGCCAAUAUUUAUUGUUUUAAUAUGAUUUCAACACAUUAAGAUUUUUCACACAUUGGGUAGUCACCCAACAACUGUAAUUGAUUUCGUUUUCCAAUAAGGUUGUAUAUUGUGCUGAUAACCCUAUUUUUUUUUUUCAAGAGAAAGGAGACCCCUGUGUCAAACUGUUCCUUAACAAGUAAAUCUUUCCUUUAUCAAACCAGUAUAUAUUUUCAACUUCGAUCAAUACUUGCCAGUAGCAAACUAAAUCAUUAAUAAAUUGUAUCUUCCGACAAAUUGAAUUGCAAUUUCUUAAAUGAGAAAGUAAAACCUAAAGAGUAUAUAUUUUUUGUUGUCAUUAAAAAAAAAAUUCUACCAUCAAUUUUAAUGACGAUAGUACAGAUAUAGAAUUUUUGCCAGAUCUACGCAUUGCCACUGCCAACUGCUAUUGGAAACUGAAAGGACUUAAAAGCCAGGAUAUUGGAGAUAAACAGAGACAAAUCGGAACGUAUCUACUGUAUUUGCGGUGGACUUGGGAAGCUAAUCUCCACACAGAGACCACCAGUGCAGCAAGCAUCGUCCAAGGAGGUGAAUCGAACCACACAAUUAUUUCUCACUUUCACAGCUAUUUAAGAACUUGAAUGUGGUACAGCUUUACAAUUAAUUAAAAUGCUGUAAGAAGUGAAAUGCCAGUGGAAAUUCUGAAGAAAUGGAUCAUAGGUUUAUCACAAAAAAUAUUGAUUUCAAUUAAUUUAACAAAAGAUAUUAUCAUUAAAAAAUCUUAAAGUGUCUAGUCAUUUCAAGGCAACAAGUGAAGAAUUUGUGACAAGGCUUACCUAAGUCUGGCAAACCUAACAAGUAUGGAGGAAAUUCAGAACUACACAACGUUGCUCAUUAGAAACUGGACAGAAGAUGAGAACAUUACAGCCGACAUGUCUUACAGUGAUUUAAAGUCGGAGCCGUUUUACAUUUUAGCCAUUGAUUUGAUAAAGUACUGUCUCCCAAUCAUUAUUUUUAUUGGAACUUUUGGAAAUGUGAUGAGUUUUCUGAUCAUGGUCCAAAGGGAGAUGAGGCAGACCUCCACCUUUUUCUACUUGGCCACUCUUGCUGUGGCAGACACUGUAGUGUUGUACAUUAGUGCUUUCAAAACCUGGAUAAUGGUACUGACUGGCUUUGAAUUGCUCCAUCAGGGUCCUGCUGCUUGCAAACUCUCCAUUUUCACGACCCAGUUCUGUGUCCAUUUUUCUGCUUGGCUGAUUGUGGCAGUUACAGUUGAACGCUUUCUAGCCGUGUGGUUUCCCCUCAGAGCCACCACUAUGUGUAACUUAGCCAGAGCCAAGUUUGUCACUGUGAUGAUUGCUAUGAUCUUUAUUUUAAUCAACAGCCACAUUUUCUGGACAGCAAAGCUUCACACUUUUCGUAACGGCCAGGUGAAAUGCGUGCCGUACGCAUACGAGAACAUAGUCUGUAAAGUGUUUCCCUGGAUCUACCUUGUUCUGUAUUCCUUCCUUCCCGUGUUGGUCCUGCUCCUGUUUAACUCUCUCAUCAUUGUCAACCUCAUCAAGAGCAAGCCUCUGUUUCAGGCAAUGACAAAGAAUGACCAACAGGCGCGCUGUGACCACCAGAAGCUGGCGGUGUGCUUGCUGGUCAUUUCUUUUACGUGGAUUAUCACCACCAUGCCUCGGCCCCUCUACCCACUCUUCAUGGAGAAACCAAGAUCUACCACAGCACAAGCAGAGGCUGUGUUUAUAAGAACUGUCUGUUUCCUUCUCAUGUACAUUAACCACGCUGUCAAUUUUUUUAUCUAUGGACUGACAGGACAGAGAUUCCGGAUGGAGCUGAAGCGAUUCCUGUGUCGUGUUCAUCUUCGAAAACAACAGCCAAAACCGAGGCUAACAUUCAAGUCCAGCGGUUCGGGUCAGGAGAGUUCUCUUCCCUUGGUAAGCACACCUCAGACUGAGAUGGCCACCUUUGCCUGAUGUUAUUUUAUUGACAGGUACAUGUGUAGAGGUAUAGUGCAAUUGCUCUUUACUUUUGUUGCAAAUAUUGUAAAAUCAUCAAUAUUUCUGUCAAACUUACUGUAAAUGUGAUAAUUAAAAGUUAUUCAUGGUUUACGUGGGAUAUGAAUUCCUUGAAAUAGACAAAGGGAAAUUAAUUCCCAAGAAUAUCAAUGAUUUUAUAGUACAUAUCCUGGAAUAUGUUAGUUGUAUCAUUUCCAACAGUAUCAUCUGGUACUACUGUACAUAAAAGGGGCAUGAUCACGAUUUUGGUCAAAUUCUAUUUUUCUGUUUUUUUUUAUUUAUAAUGCUUUAGGAAUACAUUUCUAGUGAUUAAGUGAAAUUUGAGAGCCAGUUGUAGAGUUAUGAGCAAAAUAAAGGGCUCACAACUUCUUGUCAUGUAAACAAGGCUCGUGCCCUGUUUUUGUUUACAUAGGUUCAAUAUACCAGUCAAAAAUAGUUUUCAAGUUGAUUUGUCUGUCUGCUUAUUCAUUUUAAGCAUGAAUAAACAGUUCCUAAUGUUUAACACAUUAAUUUUUAGGUCUACAAUUGGAAUUUUUACUUCAACAUUCAAAAUGUAAACUAAAGCUUUGUUUACAUGGCAAAGAAUUGUAAGCUCUGUAACUCGCUAAAAACUCAACAAAUGGCACUCAAAUUUGAAAUGACCAUUAAAAAUGUCUCGAUCAGUGAAGCAUUGUAAACAUUAAGUAAUUUUUUACCAAAAUCGUGACCAUGCCCCUUUAAUCUGACUCACCUAUACAUGUAAUACCAUAAUGUAUCUAUUUAUGUUCUAUUUAUGUAUCAUUAAUUUCAGAAUUUAUGUAUAAAUCCUUACUGGGACAUUUUUAGCUUGAAUCAGUGUACAUAUGAUUACUUAUUCCAAAAAAUCUGUUAUGAAUAAAUUCCACUAAAAUCAACUUGGUUGUUUGUUAAAGUGUCUCCCAUAACCUUUUCAAUCGAAAUCCAUGAUUUUUUCCCACCCUCCUCUGGUUUUAUUGCAAUCUGAACUACAAGUCUGUCAAUUCCAAGUAGCCAUUCCUCAAAUAACGAGCUUCUCAAGUUGAUGGAGUGAAUCAGAAGUAGCACUCAGACUGCUGUUGUGUUAUUGUAACCCAGGACAAUCCUUUGGUAAUAAUUUGAUCCAGCGAUGAUGUCAUCACCUUGUAACAAACUCGGUUGCCCCCAGACUCCGUCGAUGACAUCAAUACCCUGAUGUCAGAGUCUACUGCACUCCCCUACACAACCCCCAACACACACAAAACAAAACCAAAACUGACGCAACAUCUAUAGAUGGAAUGUUUGCUCUGUCCAAUGGAUUACUAAGGGCCUUGUAAAAAGGAAGCAGGCAUGAAGAAGUAGACGUAUAUGUACUUGUUUGCAAAGAAACUCAUGACUGAACCAGGAAUUGAAAUUUAAAGGUUAAAUACCAAGCCCAAGCCCCAUGAUUUUUCUAAAACUGAGUAUGAUUGCAAGCAGAUUUGACAAUGUUUUUUAUGUUUAUAAUGUCAUUUUACUUGUGGGAUUGACUCUAAGAAAUCAAGUUCAAAAAGACAUAAGCAGAUAACAGCCAACAGAUUUGAUUGAUUUUCCUCUAGCCAUUCUCCAUUGUCAUGAGUCAACAGCUGGUCAGCUUCAGCACAUCCUCAGAUGUCUGCCAAUUUCGAAUGCUAUCCUGAUCUCCCAGUUUAAUCUUCAUAUUUCAACAAUUGUGUCCGUGAUCCUGGUGCUAACACCAACAUACAGCAUGUAACCAGACACGGCAUAUACAUGCCUACCGGUCCAAGGUCUCUGUGAACUCUGCAAUUGUCCCCAUUCCUUCCCUUACAUUAUUUUGCAGCUGUCAGCCUUAUAAGAUUAAUGCCAAUGACAGCUCUAAUCUUAAUUAAACACCAUUAUUGAUCUUCAGAUGCACAUAUCUGAGAAAUUCAAUGAGAAUUUCUGGUCAAAAGAUUCAAUAUUUUUCCUUUUUUUUGUUGAAAUUUUCACUUUAUAAUCUAUAUAUU